AUGAAUGAAAGUGAAACGAACCAUUUACAGAUCCAAGAUGGCCUAAGGAGAUCCAGCAAACUCAAUGCCGAGAACAAAACCGUUUUGGAUGCUCCAAUGAAUACUAAGGUUUCUUUCCUGGACAAAGCUAUACGAGGUAACAAACUUACUCAGGCGUACAAUAAACUAAUUAUUCACAGGGCAUCUCUAACAACAAGUGAUAAAUCAUCGACACGACCGCCAUCUACCUCCAGUUGGCCGCCUUCUCACUCCUCGUUGACAUAUUCAUCUGACCCUGGUAUAGAAAUUGCUGUUCCAAAAAGAAUAUUCAGUAAACUCAUUUUGCAGAGUAUCGAUGACAAGUUGAGUGAUCGUGUUGAGUCACACAUGGAAAAGCGAAAUGACUUUACUGACCUAAGUGGUGAAGAAGAUGAAAGCAGACAUUCGGCCAACUCAUUUAGUAGUUCAAGUCCAGAGAGAGUCACUUUGACCUCCAGAGUUGCUGAUUUAAAGAAUAUACAUAUCGGGAAAGAAAUCGAAACAAAUGUAAAUCUAAAUCCAGAUACAAUCUCUUUAUAUAACUGGCAAAGAGAGCCAUUACCACAGAGGAUUUUUGAAUGUGUUCGGAUGCAAACAAUAUCAUCGUCUAUCCGCAUUUGCAUCCAUCCUAUUUCCAAAGACCCAGAAGUUUCGAGUUAUCUGAAAUUUCGUGGAACCUGGGAGUUUGAGGCAGUAAGAGACAUGCAGCUUGCACUCGUUGAUGUGCCUGGAAGUGGGCUUAUUGACGUUGGUGCGGGGAUAGGAACAUUCAGCCUCACAGCUGCCAGUUUAAACCGUUCCGUUUUAGCCGUGGAACCCUUUUUGUCACACAUACAAGUGUUCCAUAGAUCAGUUAUUCUGAACCACUUUGAGAACAAUAUACAACUCAUCAAGAAUGUAGUUUCUGACAACCAGGAAGAGGUUAUUGUUCAACCAAAGGAAAGCAAUAUCAACACACUCAAUAUAACUCAACGCAGCCAACACACCUUUGAAACAACGGAAUCAAAACUUUUUACAAAAUCUAUCACUCUUGAUGACUUGGCAGAUAUUUGUCCAUUUAAAACUGCGGUGUUGAAAUUAGAUAUUCCAGGAUUCAACAAAAGAGCUCUCGAACAUUCUGACAAACUGUUCAACAACAUUCAUAUAACGCAUGUCUUAUUGCACUGGAACACGUCAGACUAUAGUCUAUGUCAUUUCUACUUAGACUUUUUCAAAAACAAAGGUUUCGAGCCCUACAGAGAGUUGGUUGGUAGUCAGAAGCUGGAUACAAACUGGCCAGAUGGUGUCAUCAUUUGGAAAAAAAUGUUUUCUGAGCAAAAGAUAGGAUGA